AUGGUUCCGCCCGCAUCGAGCCGUGGUUUCAUACCCUCGAUUCUUCGGAUCAGGCCAUAUCGGUUGUCUGGUGAACGGGGCUCCGUCUCGUGGAAUCCUGACUCGAGGCUCUUUUCUUUCGUUGUGGCAUUCCACCCCACGUGGGAUCCCGUGAUCGCCAAGCUCCUGGCGUGUUUCACCAUUGCGUUUCAGCUGGCGUCGAAGCGCCCAUCCUGUUUCACGGGUGCAGUACGCCCAGGGUCAUCCAUGGUUCUCUGCCCGCCCACCGUUCUCCCGGUCGGUUCCAUCCUUGUGGGAUAUUAG